CUCCCAGGAUGCCGUGCCACUUUUCCAGCGACCCUAGACUUGCGGGCAUGGGACUGGGUGGCGGCGGAGGUAACUGUAAAGGUUCGGGUGUAGGAACUGCAGAUGGAGAGCAGGGCUCUGGGGACGGACGUGGAGAGGAGCGGAAAGGAGCCUGGAGAAAAGGCUGUCAUAUUUGCUCAGAAAAACCGCCAAAUCAGAGAGCAGAGACGAUUUCAUUGGAGGAGCGCCUCCAACAGCAAUUAAUCCUGUCAUAUUGCAAGAAAAUUGUAAAUGUUCUCUCCAGAAACUGUCCGUCCAUUGCAGCUAAUCGAACAUACACUCACGGAGACCCGCUCUCCUGCUAUACCAAAGGCUCUGGGGUGCAGGGACUCCCUCCAGGGAGCGCACGCGCGCGCGCACACACACAUGCACACACGCGCGCACACACGCCAGCCUGCGGGUUGGCCAGCGUCUGACAACCGCAAAUCCCAGUAGGAAAUAGCCACAGGCACUGAAGUAGGUGUUGGCGCUACUCUAAUUACUACUUUCCCAAGCACUUGGGUGAAGCAAUGAAUCCCGCCCAGCUCGCCGGUCCACCCAGGUCUUGGUUCUGUUUUGUUCUCCAGACUCAUCUCCGGGAAAGCCAGAUCAAGGGAGAAAGCCAGCCAGCGGCUGGACUGGGACUCUGAGCCCUGCGCAGCUCGCGCCGGAGCAGGUCAGUCCCGAACCCGCGAAGGACUCCUCGCUCCUGCCAUCCUGCAUCAGGGAAAUCGCAGUCUGGGGAGGCAGUCGGAGCCCAACGGGCAGCAGGUUUAAAUGUUUAUUUGGCUCCUUGGCUACUGAUUACAGAACACAAAAUGAAUAACUCGACAAACUCCUCUAACAAUGGCCUGGCUCUGGCCAGUCCAUAUAAGACAUUUGAAGUGGUGUUUAUUGUCCUUGUGGCUGGAUCCCUGAGUCUAGUGACCAUUAUCGGGAACAUCCUGGUCAUGGUCUCCAUCAAAGUCAACCGCCACCUGCAGACCGUCAACAAUUACUUUUUGUUCAGCUUGGCCUGUGCCGACCUCAUCAUUGGUGUUUUCUCCAUGAACUUGUAUACCCUCUACACUGUGAUUGGCUACUGGCCUUUGGGACCUGUGGUGUGCGACCUUUGGCUCGCCCUGGACUACGUGGUCAGCAACGCCUCAGUGAUGAACCUGCUCAUCAUCAGCUUUGACAGGUACUUCUGUGUCACAAAACCGCUCACCUACCCUGUCAAGCGGACCACGAAAAUGGCAGGUAUGAUGAUUGCAGCGGCCUGGGUCCUGUCCUUCAUCCUCUGGGCUCCGGCCAUUCUCUUCUGGCAGUUCAUUGUGGGUGUGAGAACGGUGGAGGACGGGGAAUGCUACAUUCAGUUUUUUUCCAACGCUGCUGUCACCUUUGGCACCGCCAUUGCAGCCUUCUACUUGCCAGUGAUCAUCAUGACUGUCCUAUACUGGCACAUUUCCCGGGCCAGCAAGAGCAGGAUCAAGAAGGACAAGAAGGAGCCCGCAGCCAACCAAGACCCGGUGUCUCCAAGUCUGGUCCAAGGGCGGAUAGUAAAGCCAAACAACAACAACACACCCGGCAGCAAUGACGGCCUGGGACACAACAAGAUCCAGAAUGGCAAGGCCCUCAGAGAUGCUGGGACCGAGAACUGUGUCCAGGGGGAGGAGAAAGAAAGCUCCAACGACUCCACCUCCGUCAGUGCUGUGGCCUCUAAUCUGAGAGAUGAUGAAAUAACCCAGGAUGAAAACACGGUCUCCACUUCCCUGGGCCAUUCCAAAGAGGAGAACUCAAAGCAAACAUGCAUCAAAAUUGUCACCAAGACCCAAAAAGGGGACUCUGGUGCCCCAACCAAUACCACGGUGGAGCUCGUUGGUCCUUCGAGUCAGAAUGGAGAUGAGAAGCAGAACAUUGUCGCCCGCAAGAUUGUGAAGAUGACCAAGCAGCCGGCAAAAAAGAAGCCUCCUCCCUCCCGGGAGAAGAAGGUGACCAGGACGAUCUUGGCUAUUCUGUUGGCUUUCAUCAUCACGUGGGCCCCAUACAACGUCAUGGUGCUUAUUAACACCUUCUGUGCACCCUGCAUCCCCAACACAGUGUGGACCAUUGGCUACUGGCUUUGUUACAUCAACAGCACCAUUAACCCUGCCUGCUAUGCACUUUGCAAUGCCACCUUCAAGAAGACCUUCAAACACCUUCUCAUGUGCCAUUACAAGAACAUCGGCGCGACGAGGUAAAACCUCUUUGGGAUGAAGGGAGGUGGUCAAGGGGAGACUGGGAAGAAGAAAAGGGAUAAAAGAGCUCGUUGCAAAAUCUCUGCCAUUGCACUUUAUAGUCUUAUCACGGACGUGCAAUUAAGAAGCCCAACAGCGACACUCGUAUUGUGCCUGAGCUCCAGUCUGAGAAACUGGCACCUUAGAACCCCUGUCAGGACAGGAGCAGGCGACCAGGAAGGCGACACGUUGGGAUUGUGGAUUUCAGGAACGGUCUGCAUUUUCUCAGUCUCUUGAGAAGGGCUUCUGAAUCUACAAUCGUAUCCAUCUCUGCACAAGAAGAAGAACAACCUCACUCCUUUUUGUUGUUGCUCUGUGUUUACGUGAGGAGGAAAGGCCACGGUUGGAAGCUCACACAGAGACUUGAAGAAAUAGACUCAUAGUACAAUGGGGCAGGAAAAAAGAAAAACGGGUGUAGAAACUAUCUGCAGAGUGCUAAGCAUAUAUUAUUUUUUGUUAUGGUUUUACUUGGAGGAUUGCAAUGUAAUAAAUGCUUAUUUUUUUACCUUACCCUUUUCCCCCUUCGAAAGCAAGUGAACAAACAAAACCCCAACUAGAUCACAUCAUUAUUUUUCUCGUUACAAGAUUUGCUUUUAUAUUGUUCUACACUGUGUAAGGACAGAUUAUAGGGGACUUUCACUACAUCCAACCAGAGACAGCCAAGAAAAGGGGCACUUCGCCCCUGCCUAUUGCGUGCUUUGCAUCCUUGGGGGGUAUACAAGCCUAUAAAGAUGUAGUUUACUUAUGCUCCUUAAUGGGAAAUGGUUUCCCCGAUGUUGUUUUCUCCCAGACUACCCUCUCAUUUUAAUAGACUAAUAGACUAGCCUCCCUAAUACAUAAACACACUUGAGAAGCCAAAGUGAUUGUAUUAAAUUGAGGGUUCAUCAAGUUUAGUAAUGGUCAUUCCACUUGGAGAAAGUUUACUGGGGCCAGACCAAUUUGGAGCUGAGAAAAUGGAAGGUUGCAAGGGCAUUCUGCUUCAACAUGAAUCUGCCUGACCCACUUAUGAAAUGCUAACUCGUAAAACAUGAACUCCUGGCCUUUGUCAGCAGGAAGAAGAUGUUGCUGUUUUCAUUUGGAAUUCUGAAUAGGAUUAACAUACUCACCUGACCCCAGGGACUUCUGGGUCAGUGUCAAGAGAUUAACGCUUUCUCCUCAAUGCCUUCUGAAAGCCAAUCUUCAAUUCAUAGUCAUGUGAGGCUGUUGAUAAGCAUCCUAUGACCCGAUAAAGGGGAAAAAAAAGUAAUGCAAAAACAUUUACUGAAACCACAUGUUCCAUAUUCCUCCAACUGUCAAUUCUCCCUAAAAAUUUUUAACUGCAAAAUUCUAUCAGGAGAAGCAUAGUAACCUUUGCAACAGACACGUAGAAGAUCACUUUAAUAGAGGCCGGGGUGCCCAGAAGAAUCUGAGACUAGAAUGUAGGUGGUUGCACCUGCGGCACUUCUCACAUCUCUCUGGUUCUAGACCAUAACAAGGUCGUGUCAGGAGCCAAUACCCAAACAGGGGCUUUAAAGAAUCCUAUUCACGUAGAGACUUUUUAUUUCGUACCCCAAAUAAAUGUAGGAUUCUGUCAUUCACCUUUAACUAGCUAUUUUGAUUCCCCUCUUGUUUUACUAUAGUUGCUGUCGUCUCCCAAUCAGAUUUUCUAAAAGGUGAGCCAGUCAAUAGAAAUAAAAGGUCUAAGAGCCUUUUCAAGUUUCAUAUUUUGCCUUUGAGACUUAGGAGCGUUAUGUUGACCAGUAAUGCCUAUGUGAGUUGGAUGAUGAAUUUGUCGGUGUUAGACCUUAGCACUUUCGUUAUUUUGUGUGACUGGCCUCGUUGGUGGCAGGUCAACAAUUUUGAGAGUUCAACAAAAGCACAAUGUAAACAGUCAGGAAGGAGCAAAUUGCCAACAGUAUUUGUACUUAACUUACCUGUUAGAACAAUAACUUUCUCUUUGAAUAACUUCAGUUGUUUUCCCCGCCAAAAUCUCUCUUAUAUAAACAGAUAGCCUCCGUCCAGACAGAUUCCUUUACACGACAAUUACAUCAAUGCACACUCCUACAUUUUAAACCCAUGUUUAUUUUUCUUUCUUCAAAUCGACAAAUAAAUUGAGUGGAAGGAACCUCAAAAUAAUGGAGCGUUUGGUUCCCUAUAAACAAAACAAUUGAUUGGCUGAAUCGCUUACCGACUUGUACUAUGGUGACGUGGGUUCAGCCUCAGCCAGAUGAACUCUUUGGAUUCAAGGCUUGUGCAUUCCUGAUUUGAGUCUCUUCUGCGUAACAAUCCCACUCACUUUGAGUCAACCUGCCUAUAACUCUCCGUUACCAUUGCACCCUUUCUUUUGUUUCUUUUAUGUCUGCCCUUUGGCAUAGCAACCGCAACCUUACUGAAAGAGAAACCAUCAAGGAUUAAAGGAAGGAACUGAAGAUAUGCUGACACAUCGUGGAAGCUUUGUCAACCCGAAUCGAAAAAUGGAAAACGACUGGAAAUGGUAGAUGAUUAGAAUGAUACGGAGACUGCAGUCGACGGUUUGCAUUAACUACUGCUGGAUUUGUCUAUGUCAGUGGCUCUCAGCUGGGGAUGAUUUUGCCCCCCGGGGGAUGUUUAACAAUGUGGGGAGACAUUUUUGUCAUCAUAACCAGUGGGGAGAGCUAUUGGCAUCUGGUGGAUAGAGGCCAGGGAUGCUGCUAAAAAUGGUGCAAUGCACAGGGUACCCACCUGCAGGGUACCCCCGCCAAAAUGAGAAAUUAUUGGCUCAAAAUGUCAGUAGUGUUGAAGUUGAGAAACCCUGGUCUACUUCAAGGGAUUUUAGAGCUUGCUUUGUAUGAGUGAGAAAAUAAUCUUGUAUUGCUAUUAGAAUAUCAAUGCAAAUUGCUCACCGGUUUGAAAAAGGUAAUGCUCGCCAGUCAGGUAUGAGACACGCUGUGACCCAUCGAGUCUGGUGUGUUUGUGCUUCAUAGACUGGGAACACGGGCCACGUCCACACACCCAGAAUCACCAGGACAGGCACACUGCACGUUGUUUCCAGCACCUUGCUGUCCAAUCACGAUUUCCGCAGAGUCUGGUCAAUUGAAAUUUCAGCCAUUGGCCAUGAAGAUGGUUGCACUGAUGUGGUCAGUUUCUAUCGGAGCUGGCCUCCGUCCUUUCAAAACCAGGAAGAGCCUCUUUCAGAAACCGUAUCAUUCAUCUCCUUUGUUUCCACUGGAAAGGGGAAUGCCUGUCAAGAACUUCUUCUCACAGCAAUAAUGUAAAUAGCACAGAAUAGUCUUGAAGAGGAAGCUAUUCGAAAUGUGCAAAGGCCAGGUCAUCCCUUGAAAAAAAAAGAAAUGGUUACCCUUUUACCAGUUCACCAGUAAUUCAGUGGCCGACCCCAAGUGUGAAGACACUAUGUAGCAAGGCAUUUUACAUUUGGCAAAACGCAGAGAAGGCACAGCACCGUGAAUGAACCCUAAUGUCAACUACAGAUGUCGGGUGAAAAACGAUGUGUCAAAGGAGAUGCAUCCGCUAGAACAAACGUCCCACUUGGAGGUGGGGUCUUGACAGAAGGGGGCAGCUGUGCUUGUGUUGGGGACCAGGGGGUAUACGGCAGCUCUCCAUACCAUUCGCUCCAUUUUGCUGUGAACCUAAAACCACUCUGAAAAAAUUAAGUCUUUGAAAAAGUAAUAACAAAAAGUAAAAUCCAAGUAAUACAGAAGUCACAUGACAUGUGUGGCUGCGAAAGCUGGAAGUCCCACCUGCUCCUGCUCUUUGUCCACUCACUGCUUUCUUGACCCUGCAGAUCCGACGUGGGGGGAGAUGGGAGUUCAAACUGAUGACAACAUAUACAUGUAGAGGUGCGAUCUACUUUUAUUUUCUCCUGCUCAGUUCAUUGAUAGUUGCCCUUUCCCCAGUUUGAUAAUAUCCCUUCCAACAGCCACAGCACUGGCGUCACAAAUAGAGGAAGCACCCAAAGCCGGAUGAAUUGUGAAAAGUGUAUUUUCAGCAUGUAUAUACAAUACCAUGCCUCUCCAAUAUGCUUCUCUUAAAAGGGUGCACGCUGCAGCAUGAACUGUGUGCAUAUUUAAUGUAUCUUCCUGGAAUAUGCUGUAUGCUUACUAUACAUAUUCUAUAAAUAAAGUAAUGAAAUGUAUAAUAGAAAUACAUAUUUCUGUAUGCAAAUAAAUAUAUUAUACACAAAA